AUGUCUCUAGCCGCUCUUAAAAACCUCUUCUUUUAUCAGACACUCAUUCCUAAAUCACCUCAAUUAAAUAGGGAACGAGGAGUACCAAAAUUCGAUUUUAGCACUGCAUCUACACAGCCUCUCCUAUCAUCAAAUGGCAACAUCAACCCAAACUCAGCAGCAUCCACUGAGAGGAACCACGAUGAUGAUGAUGAAAGUACAUUAGAUUUAGAAUCUCAAGACUCAAGAUCGGAGAAGUCGUCUCAGAGGAAAGGAUGGAGAAUUGACGCGAGAGUUAUUUCGGAUGCGACGAUUGGUCUGAGUGAUGGAUUGACGGUACCAUUUGCCUUGACGGCGGGUUUAUCGGCUUUGGGUAGUACGAAGGUGGUUGUUUAUGGAGGGAUCGCUGAAUUGUUCGCGGGGGCUAUUUCAAUGGGUUUGGGUGGAUAUCUUGGUGCUAAUAGUGAACUUGCAUCAUAUCAUGCCAUACGAGACGAGACCAUAGAGAAAAUAUCCACCGAUCCUCAAGCAGUUAUUUCCGACCUCGUCGAAGUAUUCAAACCUUACAAUCUCCCCAAACACACUCUCGAAGAUGUUACUAAUCAUCUCUCCCAAUCCCCGCAACUCGUUGACUUUGUAAUGCAAUUCCAACACUGCCAAGAGGAACCUGCCGCAUCUCGCGCUCUACAAUCCGCUUCUACAAUUGCGGCUGGAUAUUUCCUCGGGGGUUUAUUACCUUUAUUACCUUACUUUUUCGUAAGCCAUGUUUAUGAGGGAUUAUUAAUCUCGAUUGGGAUAAUGGUCAUCACAUUAUACAUUUUCGGAUAUGUGAAGACGGCUGCGGUAAUAGGAUUUAGGGGGUGGAAAUGCAUCCGAGAAGCUUGUUUUGGUGGGAUUCAAAUGGUCGUAGUGGGGAGUUUGGCGGCGGCGGUGGCGAUGGGACUGGUGAAGUUAUUCAAUCAUUAUGAGGAUGCUGGGGUGGGUUUUUGA